GUGAUGGGAUGGUGAGUGAGAACAAUGAGGAGAGUCUUCAGCAGAAAGGAGCAGAGGAAGAAGCUCUCUGUAGAAUGUUAUUGGGAAGAGCUGAAGGGCAUGUUUCUCAGAGUCCUGAGCAAGGAGAGACCUGUGAGCAUCAGUGUAGUCCAGAAAGGCAGCAGGGAGACCAUGCAAUGGAAGGUCAGGAUAAAUCCAGUCACAGGAGCAAAGGGAUGAAAAGAAACACAGAAACCCUUCAACAGACAAGCCUGCAUCAACAAGGACACUGCACUUGCAGUGAGUGUGCAACUGUCCGUGGACAAGGAAGAACCCACCCAGGAGAGAAGCCCUUCAGAUACCCUGACUCUGGGAAAUGCUUCAGUCAGCACUCACACCUUACUGACCAUCAGCUAAUACAUGCAAUAGACACACCCUAUAACUGCUCUGACUAUGGGAAAAGCUUCAGUCAGAGCUCAGAUUUUGUUAAACAGAGGAGAAUCCACACAGGAGAGAAACCCUUCAGCUGCUCUGACUGUGGGAGAAACUUCCAUCAGCACUCAAGUCUUAGUACCCAUCAGAGAAUCCACACAGAGGAGAAACUCUUCGACUGCUUUGACUGUAGUAAAAGCUUCAGUGAGAAGUCAGAGCUUGUUACACAUAGGAGAAUUCACCCAGGGGAGAGAGCAUUUGACUGCUCUGAGUGUGGGAAAAGCUUCAGUAGGCGCUCACUUCUUGUUAGACAUCAGAGAAUCCACAGCGGGGAGAAACCCAUUGACUGCUCUGACUGGGAAAAGCUUGAGUCAGUGUUCAGAUCUUAACCAUCAUCGUACAGUCUACGCA